AUGGGGGAAGCGGGAGUGCGGCUGCGGCGGGGGGCGGAGGUGGCGCCGUCGGUGCGUAUGUUCCUGGACGAGAGGUUCCGGGACGGGGAGGAUCUGCGGGGAGCCGCUGCUCUCCAGGCGGAGUUGCAGGGGCGAUGCUCCGACCUCGAGACGGCUGUCGCCGAUCUGGACUCUCGUCUUCGCCAGCAGCUGGCGGCGUACGCCUUGCACGCCGAUGCAGUCGGGGAGCUGCUCGGGAAGGUCCGGGCCGGGCUGCUCAAGCUCGUGUCCUCUGCCGCUGGAUCGUCGCCAGGUCCCCCUCCUUCCCCUAUCCUCUCCUCUUUCCUGCGAUCAUUGGCUUUUCUUCAUCGUUGUCAUCUCUCGGAAUGUUUCGAUCUGACAGAUGGUGGUUUUAGAGGAGGAACCGAAGAGGGAUCGACGAGAGGCGACCAGAUCACGGCGGACAAUCUGCUGGCUCUCGCCAAGGAGGUAGCCAGGGUGGAGACAGUUCGUACAUAUGCUGGUGAGAAUCCAAAUCAAGUUUCUCGGACAGUUUGACCUUGCAGGCGUAUAUUAAUCAGUUUAUACCUCUGUUCAAUGUUGCUCGCGCCAUCAAUCUUACCUAAUUGGGAGAAAUCCAGACAAUUUCAGGAACUCGUUUUAGGGAUUCUGGACGCCGCCCAAAAGUGCUCCAGUUGUUCAUUUUUUUCCUCACGAGCAUAUUUCAUCGUCGCCAAACCCUAUAUGGAUAAACUUUUAGCCACAUUACGCUACCGAUUUGUACAUUAAAAAAAUCUAUAUCGACGACUAUUUUCUGCAAAUUCGAAGUUCUCGAAGAGCUACUUAUUGUUUAAAACUUGGGCAGGUUCCGCAAGGGGAGAAUAAGAAUUUAUACGGCAUGCAUUUGAAUUAUUUUCAUCUUAGUUCAUAAAUUCUAGUUGAACUAGAUAUCCGCGAUGGGAUGAAAGGAGUUGCAGUUAAGUUUUCUUUUCCGUGCUUUAGUUUUAUGGUUAAAAUAUAUUUGGUCAAAGUUAAUUUAAAACAGUAGACCGUAAAGUGCUAUCUUGCUUGUCAUCCAUGAAUGGCAUGUACUGCUCAAAAGGAAUUGGGACCUAUCAUUUGUUGACUUCAUUAACAACUCGUUAUGUUUAACAAUUGGAAGAAUAUAUUGCUCUUACGUGUUGUUUUAAUAGGAGUGAAUAUAAUUUUUUCUUGAAAAUAUUCUUAAAACACGAUUUUAAUUGCUCUUGGAAAUUCAAAAGUCAGCUCCAUCACUGAAUUUAGUCUAACAUAUUAGAGUGGAUAUGCGUAAACUCUGUAUGAUCCCCCUUUGUGCUUUUAUUCGAUCCUAUUUAUGCCCUUCAUAUCAUCGCUUGUAAUUCACCACUGGGAUAUCAGAGAGUGUGGUUGGACGGUCAAAGUUGGCUGAUUCUUCAAAUGGGUUCUCUAUGAUUGGAGAUGAAUAUUAUUUUCGGUUUCUAGGAUUAGGGCAGAAUAUUAUUGUUAUGGUAAUACCCAGCUAUUCAUUUCCCACUUAUAUCUAAAUUCCGUGAGGUCAAUCUCUAUCUUGCUGGUCUGAAUUUCUAUUUUUCUUUGUAGAUUUUUUUUCUCUUGAUUUUGAUAUUAGAUUCCUACGUCCAGAUGUUCUGACAGUUCAUCUCUCGUUUCCUUCAAUUGCAUCCUCAAUAAUUUAUUAUUUCCUUGGACUAUGUAUAUUUUUUUUCUUCUGUAACUGGACAAUAUUUGUGAUGGAUUAAUCAUUCUGGUGAUGAAUAAAUUACAGAUACGGCAUUGAAGCUUGAUAGCCUCAUCGGUGAUGUUGAAGAUGCAGUCUCUUCUACCAUGACCGGGAAGAUCAGACUGCCUCCAUCCUCAGCAAAGUCAGAGGUGGGCGAGUAUCCCAGUCAAGGACUUUUUUUUGUAUAGAAAAAGUCAACCCGAGAGGUUAAGUUGAAAAUCUGGGUUAAUUCAACUCACUCUGGGUAAUAUGAUCUCAGGGGCUGCGGCUGACGGCCAUUGACCACCUCAGAAAGACCGAAGAUAUCCUCGCCGCUAUUGCAAGAUCACGACCCCAGUGGGUCCGCCUUCUCUCUGCUGCGGACGACAGAGUUGACCGAGCCCUGGCCGUCCUAAGGCCGCAAGCAAUCGCCGACCACCGCUCCCUGCUCGUCUCCCUCGGAUGGCCGCCGCCGCUUUCCCCGUCCAGUGCAGAGAACCCCAUCGUAGCCAAGUCAAUGGGCUCUGAAAACCCUCUCUUGGCCAUGAAGCUCGACCUGAAGUACUGCGAGAGCUUCCUCGCCCUCUGUCACCUGCAGGACUUCCAGAGCCGGCGGAGGUCCCGCCAUCUCGCCGCCGCCGCCGCCCCCCGCCAGCCGCUGUGGGGGAUCGAGGAGCUGGCGACCCCCGUCUUCCUGGCAUCGCAGAGGCACUUUCCCAAAUGGAUCCAGAAGCCGGAGUUCAUCUUCGCCUUGGUCUACAAGAUCGUGAGGGACUUCGCCACCGCCAUGGACGAGGUCCUGCAGCCGCUGGUGGACAGGGCCAGGCUCGCAGGUUACAGUUGCAGGGAGGAGUGGGUCGCUGCCAUGGCCUCCUCCCUGUCCACGUACCUGUCCAAGGAGGUCCUCCCCAGUUACCUCGAAGAUCUAGAGAGAGAAAGCCCCGGCGGGGCGGUCCCCUCAGAGGUGAGGACCUCCUGGCUCCACCUACUCGACCAGAUGAUGAUGUUCGACAAGAGAGCCCACUCUCUGAUGAGGAGCACCGGAGUUCCCAUCUCCGCUGGCGAUGAGGAGGAGCAGUUGCAGAGGGUCUCGUCCAUGGCGGUCUUUUGCGAUCGGCCCGACUGGCUCGACCUGUGGGCGGAGAUGGAGCUCGCCGACGCCCUGGAGAAGCUGAAGCCGGAGUUGAAGGACGCGAGGAACUGGAAGACCAAUACUAUCCAGGCGGCGGCGCCGCCAUUGCCGCUGUUGAUUCGGGGGCUCGAAGAGUACAAGUCUCCGGCGGCGACCGCCGCUGCUCUCCGCCGCCUGUCGGCGCUGGUCGACCGGUGCCGGCCUCUCCCGAGCAUCCCUCUGAGGGCGAGGUUCAUCAGGCUGGCGGUGGCGCCGCUGGUGAGGGAGUUCGCCGACGCGCUGCUGUGCCGGUGCCAGGAGGCGGAGGGACUCACCGCCCUGGUGGACGACGACGCGCUUGCCAAGGUCUGCGACGCUAUUAAUGGAGCCCGCUGCUGCGAGUCGGUGCUGGUGGACUGGUGCGAGGACGUCUUCUUCCUCGAGAUGGCCGCCACCGGCGAGGGCGGCGGCGUGUUGCAGAAGGAGAUGGAGGCGCUAAGGCGGCUGGGGGCGGAGUGGCUGGAGAAGGUCUCCGCGGCGGUGCUGCGGGGGUUCGAAGCCCGCUGCCGAGACCACCUCAAGAACAAGAAGCAGUGGCAGGAGGCGGCGCCGUCGGAGGAGGAGGUGGGGUGGGGCACCUCCAGGUCCUUCGUCGGAGCUCUGGAUUAUCUGCAGGGGAAGCUCCGCCGGCUGGAGGCGGAGCUCAACGAGGAGGACUUCGCCGCGCUGUGGAGGGGCCUGGCCGCGGCGGCGGACCGGAUGCUGCUUAACGGCGCCCUCCUGAGCGGUGCACGGUUCUCCGGCGGCGGCGCGGCGAGGUUCGCCGGCGACCUGGCGGCGCUGUGCGGGGUCUUCGGCGCCUGGUGCCUGCGGCCGGAGGGGUUCUUCCCGAGGGCCGGUGAGGGGCUGAAGUUGCUCAGGGCCGACGACGGGGAGGUGGAGCAGGCCCUCAGGAGGGGCCUGGAGCACUGGCUCAGGGAGAAGGGGCUGAGGCACCUGACGGCUGCCGACGCGGAGAAGAUGAUCAAGUGUAGGGUGAUGGUCAACGCCGGCAUCUCGUCCUGA